AUGAGUAACAAUAUUAAUAAUGCGAUCUUGACGCUCACGGAUAGAGGACAAUGGAAGCGUGCAACAGGAAAGGACAGGGUUGUUCGCUACAUUGUUCAACGGGCCCCAACAAUGAGGGCACGUUGUCGAAAGUGCUCGCAAUAUAUUGUGAAGGGGGAACUUAAAUGGGGAAUACCUAUUCGUCAUGCGCAAGGAGAGUAUGGAUGGAUAUCAGCGUGGCAGCACCUAGGAUGUACACGGAUUUCUUUAGCUGAAGCAGUUGAUGAUAUGAUUUAUGGAUUUGAAAAUCUCUCUACAAAAGAGAAAGAGGAAGUAUUGAGCGAAGUUACCUCUUCCCACUUACCACCCCAUUUGCUUCCUUUGGACCCUGAUGAUUUGGUAAAGCGAGGAACUCUUCCUGAAAUGGAGCCCUCUGCUGAAUUAUUGCGUCCUCUUCUUCGAUACCAAAAGGAAGGGCUGAGUUGGAUGAUAGCUCAGGAACAGUCAGACAUUAGGGGUGGUAUUCUGGCUGAUGAAAUGGGGAUGGGAAAAACAAUACAAAUGAUCAGUCUGCUACUUGCAAAUCGUGUUGUGGGCCCGACCAUAAUUGUUUGUCCUGUUAGCUCUAUGCUUCAAUGGAGAGCUGAAAUAAGCGAACAUGUUGUCCCGGGGACAUUGUCCAUUGCAGUAGUAGAUCGUGUUCUUAAUGCUAAAAAAGAAGACAUGGAAAAUGCAGAUGUUGUCUUAACUACCUAUCCUAUGGUGGAGCAUUCAUGGAGAGCAGUGGUAAAUAAGAAUAAAGUGCCUUGUCCUUAUUGUGAACAGCUUUUCCUUCCACGUCAACUGGUUGUACAUAAUCGAUACUUUUGUGGACCCAAAGCUAAGAAGACUCUGAAGCAGCGGAAGCGAGAAAAGGGACAUGAGGACGCAAAGGCUUUACCCAAUCGUGGGGUUCAGUCUAAGGAAACGAUUAAAAAAGGUCUCAGAACCUUGCACGUUGAUGUCGAUGAUAACAAUGACGAAGAAGGUGUCUUUGACGAAGCCGAGAUCACAAAUGAAAGAGGCGUUGUUGGACCAAUGGGUAUGUAUCGUGAACUUAUGCUUGAGGCUGGACGUACAAUUAGAAGUCGAUGGGAACCUGCCAGAAAGUUGAGUGAUGGUAGCGACAAUACGAGUAUCUCAGCGAGCGGCAGUACAGAAUCGGAGGACGAUACGGAAAAAGAAGAGGAACCAGACACACACAGAGAGGAGGAAGCAUUUUCGGCCUUUCAGUGUCCCAACUGCAAAUUUCAGCUGUUGCGGUAUCCUUUUUGUCCCAAAACAGGCCAACAUCAUGUCUUGUCGGAGCAAUUGAAAAAUAUUAUUGAAACCGAUAAUGGUAGCGAUGAUAUUGAUAUUUCUGCCUCUAUUUUUCAUUCAAUAAAGUGGAGCCGCAUUGUAUUGGACGAAGCACAUCGUAUCAAGGGACGUAACACAAGUACUUCACGAGCAGCUUUUGCUUUACAGGGUGAAUAUCGAUGGUGUCUCACAGGAACACCCUUACAAAAUCGUGUGGGUGAUGUAUAUAGUCUUAUUCGCUUUCUCCGCAUGACGCCUUUUGCGAGAUAUUAUUGUGGAACAGAAGGAUGCUCCUGUUCAUCGUUUUCCCAUCCAUUUUCAGGAACCAACCUGCGACAAUGUAUCUUUUGUGGUCAUGGACCGGUACAACACUAUGCCUAUUUCAAUCGUCACAUAAUGAAUCCUAUAUUACGCUACGGUUACGUCGGCGAUGGUCGCCAGGGGAUGAUGAAGUUGGCCAAUGAAGUACUGCAGAAAUGCAUGCUGCGUCGCACAAAAAUUGAAAGGGCGAGUGACCUACAUCUUCCUCAGCUUACCAUUGAUAUUCUGAAGGUGAAACUCACCAAGGAAGAACGAAAUUUUUACGAAUCAUUGUAUAAAAAAAGCACGGCUACCUUUGAUACCUUUGUAGAUAAAGGUACAGUUUUGCAUAAUUACGCCCAUAUCUUUCAACUAUUAAGCCGCUUGCGCCAGUCUCUUGAUCACCCUUUACUUGUUGUGGAGUCUAUGAACGUGGGCAAGAUUGUCCAUCCGAAGGGAGUGUGUGGUAUCUGCACAGAAGGCGGCGGUGAAAACUCCCUCCAAGUAAACCCUUGUAAACAUACAUUUCACCGUAUGUGUAUUGCUCAGUUUAUCGAAGGCUCUCCUGGAAAUGAAUAUCAUUGCCCAACCUGCUUUGUGACCAUCAACAUUGACUUGCGACAGCUACGCGCUGACUGGGACGAAGAGGAACCUGCGCCAAUGAUGCCCCCUGAACUUGAGGAUGAACUUAUCGAAGAUGAUCGUGAAGAAGAUCUAGUCCAUAAUGGCACCACGACGACAGGGGCCUUAUCGACCGCUGAGAAGGCCACUCAACAACCGAGGAAACGAAGACAAGGUGUUUUGUCGCGAGUUGACUUUUCCAAGCCCAUCCAGGGAAGCAAGCUUGAUGCUAUUACGGAAUACAUCCAGUCUGUGCCGAAGGAUGAAAAGAUAAUUAUUUUUUCACAGUUUGGAGACAUGCUGGAGCUGCUUCAGAUAUGGUUACAGAGGGCCUCGGUGAAGACAGUGAAACUCACUGGUUCUCUCAUGCUUUCCCAGCGUCAAGCAGUGUUGCAAGCAUUUUUGCACGACGCGGGCGUGCGCGCGAUUCUUAUUUCGCUAAAGGCAGGUGGAGAAGGUUUAAAUUUGCAAGUUGCUAACCACGUUAUCCUUGUAGAUCCAUGGUGGAAUCCGGCAGUUGAGAUGCAGGCGGCACAGCGCGCGCAUCGUAUUGGGCAGACGAGGCCUGUACACGUGAUUCGAUUUGUUGUGGAGAACUCUGUUGAAGAGCGCAUGAUGGACCUACAAGAGAAGAAAAUGCUUGUGAUUGAAGGUACCAUAGAUGGCAAGUUAAGUUCACUUCAAAGCCUUAGUGAAGACGAUCUUCAGUUUCUUUUCACUCGAUAG